CCGCAUCUUCGUCUUUUGUCGCGUCAAUUCCUCCAAAAGCGGCUCGGUCAAGAUGCGUGGAGCUGCACUUUUCCCUUUCGUAUUCUAGUGAUGAUAUUGUUGCAGACCCCUCGAUGUAGGAGCUCAAUUGCCAUUUCUCAAUCACGUAUAUGACCGCGCAUGUCUCCGACCGCAUGCGCUCGUCCGUCCCCCUCAGUUUAACCCUCUCGAAUGACCACCAACGCGCCAAAUGAGGCCCCGACAGUAUCCGACGAUGACGUCAUCCAUCUCUUUCAGAUUGUCCGCCGAGCCGACAAGAACUACGAUCCGGAGAUUGAAGAGGGAGCCACAGCAGCCCUCUAUGCCGCCUUCAAUCAAUACACCGCAGAUAACGCCGUCCACCUGGAUGACGAGCCCCGAUUUUUCGCCAUCUUAGGACGCGUGGCUUCGGACGAGCUGCCCGACAGAAGGCUACUGGACCGCCUCAAAGAUGCCCUCCAGGAACAGAGAGUCUCCAUUGAGCUCGGCGCGUUGGACGAGUUCGAUCAGGACGAUGUUGUGGAAGGCGUCAGCCAAUACCUGAUCGAAGAUGACGGCACCGACAGCCCACACUCUCCUCUGCGAUCUUCCUCGCCCCAUGCGACGUCCACAUCGGAUGAUGAGCCGAGCGAGGAUCCCCGUGUAUUCGGAGAUACCACGACCACAUCCGACGGCCAAAUGCCCCCAUCAGACACCAUUGGUCAAGGAGAAUCUUGGGAGCUGGCUCUGCGGCCCAUGCCUGAAAACCGAGACUCAUCUGCAAUGGUUCCGGCCCAUAUCCCAUCUUUAUCGAUCGGCGAAGCGAUCGCCUGGGCGGAUGAAUGCUACGACCGCAAGGUUCAGACCUAUGCGCGACAGUGCCUGCAAAAUUGGCAUAACCGUACUUGGGACAUUCUGCGUGUGGAGGACCAAGCCCGCGCGCACGAUGGAUACGUCCUUCUCCGGCAAUCAAUGGACACUUUGUCGCUGGCAUGCAGGGGCAUCAGGCAGAAGCGGUAUUCGCUGCUUCAUUUUGCGAAGCGCGUGGAUCGCAUCAAUUCGCUGCUCGUGAAGGACAAGGCUUUCUCGCACUGGAAAAAUACUACCACUAUGGGUCGCGACAAGACGCAGUUAGCACGACGCCACAUCCUUCGAUACCGUUGCUUUGGUAGUUGGCUGAGUUUGACACUUGCCAGUGAACUCCUGCAGCAGAACUUCAUUCGCAAGAACUUUCUCCUCAAGUGGCGGCACCGGUGGCUGACCCGGGAGCAAGAGGGCGUCCGCGCGAUCGCUUGUCACCAGGACGCCGUGAUGCGCCGAUCCUUCAAAUCGUGGGCCCUGGCAACCCGCGAACGUCAAGCAUCACGAACGCUACCGUCCACUCAAAAACAGCGGAUCUUCUAUCAAUGGGCCGACGCGGCGAGGAAGCGCCGAUUGGCAACGACCUCGCAAAUCAAUCUUCACGAGAAUAGCCGACGGGAUCACCUAUUCCGCCGGUGGUUGCAGCGAAGCGGGCAGCAUCACGCAUUGGAAGAUACGGCGCAAGUGUGGAGACGAAGAAAACUACUUUCUGGGACCCUCACGAUCCUGGAACGGGCCUCGCAACAUCGCAUCGCCUUCAUACAAGCCUGUGAAGGGUCGAAUCGACGACUUGCACGAACUACACUUAGUGUGUGGCAUCUUCGGGCUACGCAAGAGGCUCAAGCCGCGCAGUUCUAUCGUCGGAGGAAACUUCCAGUGAUUUGGCAGCGUUUCCUCUCCGCCGUCAUCUGCCGUGUAUUUCCGACUCGUCUCAACUGGAGAUUCGCAGCCGAGUCGUUGUACAAAUGGCGCAUGGCUUACUAUGAGCGACUAACCGAACGAGAGUGUGAGGCAAGGCUCCGACGAGGCGUGUUCGGCAUCUGGGUGGCGCGAAGGCAAGAGCGGGAGACUGAUAUACGACUCACGACUGAGGUGUUCGAGGACCGAAAGCGGAGGGUCUGGACGCGUGGGUGUCUAAACCGGAUGCUGGCCGCGACUCGGGCUCGCCAACGAGACGACGAGACGGCCCAGACGGCCAAUGCUCGACGAUUGAGCAGAGCUGCCUUGGCAACCUGGCCGCACCAGGCGGGACGUUUGAGGGAGUUGCAAGAGAUGGCACGGUUGGCGCAGUUCUUCCUUCUAGCGAAGUACGGGUUUCAAAUGCUCGAGCGUGGGUUUACGCAAAGUCGCGAGCGGAGGCGGGAGGAGGGGUUCCGCCUCGUACAGAACCACAGCCGAGUCAGGAUUCUUCGAGGUUCCUUUGGCCGAUGGAGAGGUCGCGUUGCAUUGCUGGAGCAAGGCGACCUAGAAGCCGAAGCCCGUGAUGAAGAUCGAGUGCUCGGUACCGCUGCUACCGCGAUUACGGUGUGGGUGAAUCGAACCAGGUCCGUGGUCGAGCAAGACGGGCGAGCCGUCACACAUAGGCGACAGCAUCUGCUGAAAGGAGCGUUUAGCGCACUCACUGUCAGGCAUGGACAACUCCAAGAGCUGGAGCUACAUGCCUCUGCAUUCCAUCUGGAACUGGCCGCAGCUAGCACCACCACAUGCCUCCGACAGCUCAACUGGCGACUGUUCCAGCUUCGGCGGAACCACGAGAGUUCUAUGGCGUUGCUCGUACGCAACACUGAGAAACACAUGCGCAACAUGCUACGAUACUGGGCCGAACGAACCACGAAUCGUCCGAGGCAUCAAACCAGCGAUACCAGCGGCCCGGGCGAGAAUCCCUACACAGCAGACGCACCAGCCACCACAGUCGAAACCCUCCCCCUCGCCACUCCCGCCCGCUCCUCGGAAACGACCUCCACCCAGAAAGACUUCUCCAUGUUCGACAACUCCGUCUUCAAAAUCCGCGACCUCGACCUCCACCUCGACGCCUUCGACCGCGACGACCCCAAGCCACCGCCCGCCCCACCCUUCGACCCGCACCCCGACCCGCCCUCCGUUCCCGCCGGCACUCGGGAUGUUAAUCUCUUAGGAACAACCCCCGGCUACCUCCGCACCCCCUCGAAACGCAGCGCUGCGCGCGCGAAGACGCGGGAGCGGCUGCUCGAGCAAUCGUCGCGAGUCCCUACGUCUACGCCUGCGGUGCGGGCGGACCCCGGACAUGGGACACCGGCGGGGGGGGAAGGGACACCGUUCGUGACGCCGUUUGAGCGGAAGUUGCAGGCUGGGGGGUAUCGAGCUGGGGGGUUGGCGGGGAAGAGUGGAGGGGGGAGAGGGAAGAAGGGGGGGGUGUCGUUUGCUGCGUUUGAGGAUGUGGCGGAGGAGUGA